AUGACCAAGUUCCUGCUCGUAGCGACCAGCGCAGUGGUGGCGGCUCUGGCCUGCAGUCUCGCGGCCGUGGAGGCGCUGGACCGCGACAAGAUGCUGGACGUCGUGGGCACCGUGCACGGCAACCGCCACAUCGUCGUCAAGUACGACGACCUGGAGGAGGACCGCGAGGAGCGCAAGUGCUACGGCGAGUUCACGCGCGACAUCGACCCGGUCUGCGGCUCGAACGGCAAGAAGUACACGAACCUGAGCAUGUUCAACUACCGCAAGUGCAUGAUGCGGAUCCAGGAGGGCACCGAGAUCCAGGUCGUGGACAUGGAGUUCUGCAAGGACGCCGACAUGGAGGACAUGGAGCACAUCGACGAGUAG